CAACGGCAUAUUGCAAACCAGCAAGGGAGUGCGGCGUGAAGCUGUUCUAGUUGUUGAGCUAAACAGCUUAAACCGACCCUAGCCGUCCACCGCCAAGGGUUGCUCCGUUAAUUGUUGUCGUUUAGUGAGUGGAAGUGUGUAAAGGUGCUCGUACUUGUGCGAUGGUUCAAGGCAUAGCAGCAUAGCAGCAGGUUUUUGACCUCCGUCCGUAAACAGUCUUGAAGACCACCUUUACCAGAAACCGGCGCACAGUGCCGGCCGAUAUCACGUGCAUCGACAUUCGGCACCCAGCGUGUACGGCGGUGGUGGUGUUAGAGAAGUGCAAUUGCAGCGCAAAAUGAUGAUGGCAAGAAGUUUUAUGGACCUUAUCUGGGACUAUGCGGUGUUCAUCGUGUUCAUCAUAUUCUCCACCCUGUUCCCGCUCUGGGGUCGGUUUUUCGGCAAAAAGGAGAAAACCAAGGCCGACUAUGUGUUCGGGCUCGGCACAAUAUCGAUGGGCGCGAUGAUGCUGUCGAUCGCCCGCGGCACGCUGGGCGUACGAUCGUUUCUGGGCUACCCGAGCGAACUGUUCUACCGCGGAUCGGCCAUGUGGGAAACGCUGUACGGUAUGGUGACCGCGUAUCCCGUCGUCUGCUUCAUCUUCAUCCCGGUGUACUUCAAUCUGGGCGUGACGUCCGUCUACCAGUAUCUGGAUCUGCGCUUCAACAGCCGGCUGGUGCGAUGUCUCGCAUCUGGCACGUACAUCGUACGGUCGCUGCUUAAUCUGGGCGUCACGGUAUACACGCCGACCGUCGCCAUGAACACCGUCAUCGGCGUACCGUACUGGGCAUCGCUGAUCGGCAUCUCCGUCAUCAGCAUUGGGUUCAAUUUGCUCGGCGGACUGAAAGCGGCCAUCACGGCGGAUGUAAUACAGGGCGUGACGAUGAUCCUGAUCUCGUUGGGCAUUAUCGUGCAGGCGAUGAUAACGGUCGGUGGGUUCGAAAAGAUUUUCACCAUUCCCGCCAGUGAGGAUCGUUUGAAUUUCUUCAACUUUACCGGAGAUGCCACCGUGCGCGUAGACACGACGUCUGCCUGGCUCGGUCAGCUGUUUAUGUCGCUGAGCAUCUUCGGCUGCCAGCAGAACUUUGUGCAGCGCUAUCUAAGCAUGGGCACGUUCAAGGAGGUGCGUCGCACACUGAUGAGCAACAUACCGGUCGUGAUAGUGCUGUUCUGUCUGGCGUGGAUCGUCGGGAUGGGCGUUUACGCGGUGUACGCCGUGUGCGACCCGAUGAAGGCCGGCUACAUUAACAAGAUGGACGAAAUUUUGCCGUUCUUUGUGGAGGACAAAUUUGCCUACCUGCCGGGCGUGUUGGGCAUCUUCAUGGCGUCGCUGUUUAACGGCGCCCUGAGCCUGAACGUGUCGAAUCUCAACUCGCUCGCAACGGUCACCUGGGAGGAUUUUCUGUCGCAUCUGCCCCGGUUCAAGGGAAUCGGCGAUAAGCAGCAGUUGAACGUUAUCAAGUUCAUUGGUUCGAUUUACGGUGUGAUCGUGAUGGGCGUUGGGUUCUCGGUUGGACUACUGUCGGGUGUUAUCGAGAGCAGUAUGCUGAUGACGUCGGCCACCUCUGGACCGCUGCUGGGUGUGUUUCUGCUCGCGAUGUUGGUACCGCUCGCUAACUGGAAAGGAGCCGCCUGUGGUAUGAUCGUGUCCCACAUCAUCACACUGUGGAUAACGUUCGGCAGUUUAACGGUGUCGAAGGAAGUUAUACUGCUACCGACUACAAUUGAGGGCUGCACAAACGACACAUUCUCUUCGGGUAUUACGAAACCCACCAAAUCUUGGCUGCUGGCCAACACUCCUCUCGAGGUGGAGUCAGAAUUUCCCUACUUUGACACCACGCCACAAGCACCGGUACCGCCCGAGACCGGAUUCCCGCAAAACAUCUACUCCGUGUCGUACAUGUACUACAGCUUAAUCGGCACCUUCCUAACCGUCGUGGUGGGCACGCUGGUGAGCUUGCUGACGUCCCACAGCGACGAUGCGUACGAUCGCAAACUGUUGCAUCCAAUCGCUUACCACUGCAGCAAGAUAUUCCCCGGCAAGGAACGCCGGUACAUCUCCAACCCGGACAUCCGACCGAAGGACGUGGAGACGGCGGAAACCGGCACGAAGAAAUCACCUCUGGAAGAGCUCGAGCGUGACAAUUUGGGUUUCGAUACGGUCUCUGAGCAGUCUGGUGUUACGGUGGUAAGCAUCGAUCCGAUACCGCCGAAGUUGGAUAGGCCGGAGGUGUACCGGAAGCAUGAUCCCGAAUCCGACCACUAGCCCCUGGCUUUACGAUGGCUCCUCGCAAGCGUUAGUAUACACUAUUAAAGACUGUGAUAAACUCAGAGAAUUUUACCGAUUACGUGCAUCAGCUAGACCAAUCAAACACGUUUAACACCGCACCUCAGGAGGAAGUGUGUUUCUUGCUUCUUUGCCGCAAUAGUAUUUGACCGUUCGAAUGACAUAAUGGACGAGCGAUCCAAAUGUUUUGUUGUUGUUGUUGUUGCUGUGUCAACUAUAAGCGUCCUAAGGCGCUGGGGAUGAAAACUGCUGAAAAACCAAUGACAAUGUUUUCUAUUCUCAGCAUGCCGUGCGACGCAAGAUGCAGGGGUUAACGAUGCGUUAGCAAAAAAAAAUCUAGUUCUAAGAAUAGCCUAAGUAAAUGCACAUGUCUAGGCAUAGGACAUUGUGUUUGCGACAGGGGGAAAGGGUAACAAAUGGAAUUUAUUUCGUAUUUAAUGUUGGAUGUAAUGUUAGCAAGUAUAAGCAGAAUAAAUU